AUGUGCCAUCGUAAAGUCGUAAUUUUAAGAAUAUCAGAUUUUAACACAACUGUUUUAAUGGAUGGAUUUCGUAAUAAAAGUAUGUUUCAAAAAUCUGUGCAAAAAGAUCGAAGAUAUGAGAUCAUUCACUUCCUGGUUACCAUAUGGGUGGAUGAAAAUUAUCCAUCAUGUGCCGAUGUUUUAAAACUAAGUAACAUGCUAAGAACCCAUCAAACUAACGAGAGCAUUUUCAUAAAAAUUUUGCCAUACACUCAGACUGAUGUUUAUUUACAGACAGGUGUUUCUCAGAAUGAAAAUGAAAGUUGGACAAUCGAUCAAUUCUUCUUUAGAAAAUGGCCAGAUCAUGACAUUCCACAACAUGCAGAAUAUAUAUUAAACUUUAUACAUGCUAUUAAGAGCAUGGAUAUAAAAUACCCUGUGGUCGUACAUUGCAGUGCUGGUGUCGGUCGUACCGGAACUUACAUUUGCAUUGACAUUCUUCUCAAUGAAAUGUUGAGUGGUGAAGCUAUUGAUGUAUUGGCAUGUGUUACGAAGCUUCGGGAGGAGAGGAUGCAUAUGGUCCAGAAAAGGAUACAGUUGGAGUUUAUAUAUGAUGUUUUAGUCGAGAACAUUCUCACCGGAGAUUACGACAUCGAUGUCAGUAACAUUCCAGAAGAAUUCUCUAGAAUAAAGGAAACUGAUAAUUCAUCAAGAGUAUCAAUUUUGGAGCAUCAGUUUCAGUCAGUGCUCACAUCGAAUCCUGAGAACAUCCUGUGCAAAGUUUUCACAGAUUUAGAAUAUUGUUACAACAUCUCUAGUGUUAUAUAA